AUGAAUGAUACCAGUGGUCCUCCUAUAGCCAUUGAUUCAGAGCUUUAUCCGGCUCUUAUUCAAUGUUUCUUUAUAAUCGGUGCUGGUUAUGUUGCGGGUCAAUUAAAUUUAUUAACAAAUACACAUUCAACAGGCCUUUCACGUUAUAUAAGUAAUUUUGCAUUACCAGCUGUUGUAUUUAAAAAUCUCGUUGAUGUACAAUUUCAAAGAGUAUCAUGGCAAUUUAUAGUAUCUGUAUUUAUUGCUAAAUCCAUUGUUUUUGCUUUAACAGCAAUUUUAACCGGUAUAGCUGAACGUCCAAGAAAUUUUGCAAGUAUAGGUCUAUAUGCAAUAAUGUCAUCACAAAGUAAUGAUUUUGCAUUAAUGUUACCUAUAAUUGAUGCUGUUUAUAAACAAUCACAUCCUGAUUAUGGACGAUAUAUUUAUUUAAUAGCACCAAUAUCUUUAGUUAUACUUAAUCCAAUUGGUUUUCUAUUAAUUGAAAUACAAAAACGUUUAGAUGAUCAAAAAAAACAUCCAAAUAUAUCUCUAUGGCAUCGUUGUCAAUUAAUAAGAAAAGUAUUUCAUAAUAUAAGUCGUAAUCCAAUUGUUAUAUGUACAUUACUUGGUAUUAUAUUUAAUCGUAUAUUUCAUCAACAUUUACCAAAUAUACUGGAAAAUAUAUUAACACCAAUAGCACAAUCAUUUAGUUCAACAGCAUUAUUUUAUCUUGGUUUAACAAUGGCUGGUAAAUUACGUCGUCUUCAUACACGUCUUGUUAUAACUGUAUUUGUUAUUAGUAUGAUUAAAUUAAUUAUAUUUCCAUUAAUAUUACGUGAAGCUGUAUUUUUACUUAUUAAAUCAACUAAUGGAACUUUAAAUAAUACAAUCGAUUAUUCAAAUUUUGGUUUUCUAUAUGGAACAGCACCAACUGCACCAUCAGUUAUGUUUUAUGUACCAGAAUCAAAUCCAGCAUUACGAGCUAUUGCUUCAACAGGUCUUAUUGUUUCAACUUUACUUGCUGGACCAAUCAUGGUUGUUUCAGCUAAAAUGAUUAAUUUAAGAACAUUAGAUAUAAAACUGAAACAAUCAUAUGAAUCAACAUUAGUAAAAACAUCAUAUGAUGUUAGUAUUAUAUCAUUAUUUUGUACAGUUGUUGUUCUUAUUGGAUUUGGUUUACGACGACGUUUAUUGAAAAUAUCACCCAUUCAUAAAUAUACAUUUAUUUUUACUGGCCUUCAAUUGAUUCAUGCAAUAUGGACAAUAGCAGUUCAAUAUAUAACGUUACCAAUAUCGAUUAAAGCUUCGAUUAUAGUUGAUCUAGGUAGUGUUCUAACAGCAUUAAUAACACGUGCUUGGGCAGCAAGUAUUUCAAUUGCUUUAAUGAUAUCAAUCUGCUAUUCAUAUGAACGUGCUCGUCAGUAUUUUUGGUUGUAUCAUUUAUUUGGUUGGCUAGCACCAAUUUUAACAACUGUUAUGAUUUAUCUUCAAUCAAAAGUUGAUAGAUCAAAAGGUGAACCAACAUUAGAUACAGAAAAAUUUGGUACAAUACAAAUUAUUUCUUCAAUUUGUUUACUUUCUUCAUGUGUAAUACUUAUAUCAACAAAUCUUCUUCGUAUUGCUCGUCGUACAUAUCGAUUAAAACAAAAUGCACGUGAAAAUCGUUGUGCAAGUUUUAUAACAAAUGAAAUUCGACCUUUAAUUAAUGAUUCAAAUGAAUAUGAUGAAAGUCAAACAACAAUAGAAACAGUUUCUAUAGAUAAAAAUCCAUUGGAAAUACAUCCACAAUUACUUCGUCAUGCAGUACUUGUUGGUUUAUUAAAUAUAAAUGCAUUUGUUUGCAUAUCAGUUUUAUCAUGGUCAGUAUUAACAAAAAAUCGUGAUGGUGUUUAUUAUGAAUUACAAUUUCUUGAUACUGUUUUCUUACAUGGUCAAGGUAUUUUAACAUUUCUUGUUUUUUCACUUGAUGCUGAUGUACUAUUACCUAUAAGUCGAAAAAUUGUUAAAUUAUUGAAUCGUUUUGGUCUAAAAAUAAAAUUUCCUCGACAUAAUAGAAGUCAUAGAUCCUCAGAAAGUGAUCGACUAGUUGACUUUGAACAUCAAAUUCGACCAAAUUUUAUUCAAUAUUCAAUAUUAACACAAAGCACAAAUAGUUCAAUGGAAACAAUUGAAACAAUAUUUAAUGAAAAUGAUUUUUGUCAAUGGCUUAUAUCAAGUGGUUAUACAGAGAAUGAAUCAAAAGCUCAUAAUUACUGUCAAGAAUUAAUCCAUAAAAAACAAAUUAUUUGUAUUGAUCGUAUACAAAGUGAAGAAAUUCUAGAUUCCAGUAAUCAUUGGUAUGCUUUUUCCAAAUAA